AUGAGAGGUCGUAUUGGUGGUACGUGGGAGGCCUUUGUAGAUGCUUUCCAAGAGAAGUUCUUAGCCCCAACUGUCAAGGAGAAGCUGAGAGACCAGUUUUGUCAGCUCAAGCAGCUAAGUUUAUCAAUGUCCGAGUUUAAGGCCACAUUUACUAGCUUAUCCAGAGUAAAUAAGUUGCUCAUAUAUAUAUAUAUAUAUAUAUAUAUAUUCCCCCAUCAAAAACCAUCCCCAAAACGAAUCCACAACCCUCCAUCUCCAACUCGCCAUGAAACCCUAGCCAAUGUCGAUAACAAUGGCGAAGACAGAAUUAGCAAUUUGCCAGAAUCGAUUCUCUGUCACAUCCUCUCCAAACUCCCCACCAAAUUCGCCGCCGGCACAGCCAUAUUAUCCACCAAAUGGAACAACCUCUUUGCUUCAAUCCCCAAUCCCACCCUCGACAUCGACGAUUCUCUGCUCUUGAAUCCCCACAACAACACCACCAAUUCCAUUUUCAUCAAUUUCAUGAACCAUUUGUUCACAGUCACUCUCAUCGACGUCCCAACCAUUCACAAACUCCAUCUCCAGUGUCAUCACGACUAUGGCAAUUCCAACAUUGAUGAAUGGGUAUCUAUUGCUUUAAAGCGAAAUGUAACUGGGCUUUCGUUGUUCUUCAAUGUGAAGAACACGGGUGUGUCAAUUCCUGGUCUUUUUGACUCCACAACGCUUGUGGAUUUGUUGUUGAGCCAGCACUAUGGUUUGAGUGUUCCGGAUUCGGUUUGUUUGCCGAAACUUAAGCGCCUUUAUUUGGAUUAUGUUGGAUUUGUCGAUGGAGAAUCGUUCGAGAGGGUUGUUGAUGGAUGCCCUGCUCUUGAAGAAUUGUCUUUGGAUGGUGUUGAAUUUCAGGAGAUUGAAGUUCUUUGUAUCUCUUCGAGUACGAUUAGGUUUUUAUUAGUGCACAAUUGCUACCACAAUGAGUGUGAGGUUGUGAUGGAUACCCAGCACUUGAAACAAUCUUCUACAAUGAUUAUGCACCCAUAUACUAUCCAUUGAUUAAUUUCAGCUCUCUUCUUAAAGCUCAUAUAGACAUUGGACCUAGUGAGGAACAACUGGAGGAGGAGGAAGAAGACGAAACAUCGCAGUAUGGUCAAAAUGUGUCCAAGCUUGUUGCAGCAUGCUCUAAUGUUGGUUUUAUGUAUUUAUCAAAUUCUUCAGUUUCGGCUAUUAGUUGUGCUCAUCUUCGAGUGCCUACUUUUUACAAUUUGACAGAAUUGUUUCUCGGUGAUAUCAACGGUCAUGGAUGGGCAUUGUUGCCGCACUUGCUUGAAAGUGCACCUAAUCUUGAAAUCCUUGCCUUCAUGGAGGGGUUUUCUGAGUAUACAGGGUGCUAUGCAAAAUUUCAGAACUCUCUGCAACAUUGUGUGCCUACUUGUGUAUCAUCACGUAUUCGCGACAUUUUCUUUGAGGAAUUCAAUGGGGAGGGAGAUGAAUUCGACCUGGUAGAAUAUUUUUUAAAGACUGGUCAAGUUAUGACAAAGAUGGAAUUCAGCUUUUCUUCUUCGUUGCCUUUAGAGAAGCAGUACAGCACUUGGACAAAAUUAUUAUUGAUGCAAAAGGGCACAAAGACCUGUCGGGUUGAGUUUAGAAAGGAAGUAACAGUUAAUGUCGUGACAUUUUGUCUCUUGGGUGACGAAAAUGAAAGCCAACCUAGAGAUUGAAA